AUGCACCGCACGCGUCACUCGUCGCUGGACGUGGUCGACAGCAGUACUGCGGCUUCCCAGGAAGAAUGGUCCGAGUUCCUGUCGACAAGCAUGAUGGCGCUGUCCACAGCUGAUCCGGACGCUUCACUGCCACCGCCGUCGCUCGGGAUCCCGCCACCCAAGCGCCCGUGUCCUGUCCAGCACCCAUUGAGGGACACGAGGAUCUCCCGUCGUGCGGCGAAACCUCGCGGGAUGUCGAUGAACGAGGUGCUGUCACCUCCGCUGCCGCUGUCAGUGGACGCCUGGCGUCCAUUGGGUCGCCGGGUGGCAUCGCCGCCUCCCACGCGCACCCGCUCAUCGUCGUCGUCGAGCUCUUCGGAGACGCAGACGGGACCACCGGAUCAAGUUCUGGAUGCUCAACUGCCGACGGCCUUUGGACAUCUUGAAGAUAGCUCCUCUUUGGACGAGAAUACGGGCAAUGUGACUGCCAGGGAGCUGAAGCACGUGGCCAGUUUUCGGGGUGUCGUGAGCUCGUGUCUGUCGUCGUCGGGCUCGUCUCUCUACGACUCGUCGUCGUCGGACGACGAUCAACAGCAGCAGCAGGAAGGGCUUGCGUCGUCCACGACGCAUCUGCUAUCGGGUUCGGUGCCAGCUCCACCACCGCCAGUUGAUCCUUCGUAUGCAGAGUCGUGUCUUCCUGUGCUCUCGCAGCUACCACAUCCACCACGAAGCAUCAGUGUGGACAGUGGAAACGGAGCUCUUGCAAGCUCGCUGCUUCACGUGAAAUCGCCCGUGCUUGGGAGCAGGAAAGAUUCACAGACGUGGCAAUUGCAAGAUGAAGAGUUUCUUAUGACGUCGCCACGAUUUGAAGCGUCGCUAAGCAACCGGGACGGAGAGCAAGUUGAUUUGUUCUGCGAAAAGAGCGUUGGCUCGCUGCUAUCGACUGAGGCGGGUGACCAGUACGAUGCGAAGUACCGGGGACAUCCCAGACUGGCCAAGGACUCACGCGCCUCGUCGGUCGACUUUACACUGGGUCGCCGUGACGAAGUAAGUCCGCCACUACCCCCGCCGCAGGAGCCGUAUCAACGGCUACGUGCGCGGUCGUUUUCAUACUCCGCGACGUAUGGAGCUUCGAUGCACGACCCCUUUAGUAAGCACCAGUUCACUUCCAUGCCUCUUCACCAGCAGCACCCGCAGUCGAUGAUGGGACCAGAUUUGCCGCAUACGCUUCGCAGUUUCCACUCUGGGAGUGGCAUGAUGCAACCCGGACAACCGCAGCUACAACCCCCGCCCGCUGGUGUUCGUCCUCCGCGCGGGAACAUUCGAACGGACUCUUCCAUGCGCCAGUAUCAGUACGGGCCACCAAUGCCAUAUCGCCGUUACUCCGAUGCGUUUGCAAUGCCGACAUACCCAGAUUCGUACCCUGGCGAUCAACAGGAAAACCACCACUCGCGCCAGGGAAACGCGGGUCGUGUAAUGCGCUCAUACAGCAUGGAGUACGGAAGCUAUCCAUCUGCGCGCCAAGUUCGUAGCCAGUCGAUGGAGGGUGUGCAACUCUUUGCUUCGGCACCUCCGAUGGAAUAUUCUCCAUCCUUGAGUCGUAGCAACUCGGCUGGUGUUGUCUUUGAUUGGUCACGAGGAAAUAUGGAUACGGCGCCCCCGCUACCUCCAGAUGUGCGACCCUUAGGCAGCAACGGUGCUAGCCACUUUCCAUCGCCACCCCCUGAAGCGUACUACGAUGUGGAAUUCAAACGGGGACGACAGGAAGUAUUUGCUGGUCGUGCAGCGUACAAGCCUGGUGACUACGUUAAGGUGGAAGCUGAUCGCGGAGAAGAUAUUGGGCGUAUCGUGCGCCGCGUAACCGAUGUGUCGAAGGGGUUUCCCGUGAAUGAGCCCGGGAGCUCAGGGGAGGAGUGUACGGGGCGUAACAAGCGUCAUGAUCUGUCAACGAAGAAGAUCAUGUGUGUGGCAAGCCAGCGUGAAUUAGAGGUGCUGAACGAACAGCGUAAGGAAGAGUACGAGGUGUUUGAAGUAUGCAGGAGCAAAGUGCGUCAGCGCCUGCUUCCCAUGAAUGUAAUUGACGCGGAGUACCAGUUUGACCGCCACAAGCUGACCUUUUUCUUCGAAGCCGACCGGCGAAUUGACUUCAGGGAGCUCGUUCGCGACCUCUUUGCUAUCUACAAGACGCGCAUCUGGCUGCAACAGGUCAUUCCGUCAGGGAAGAAACCAGGAUGUGAGUCUGACACGAGGUAA